CAGAGUGUUGGAAAAAGAGUGGGUUUCACCUUCACAAUCAAAUGAGCAAUUGGUUGGUAAAUUGCAAGCUGUCUCGAGUGUGCAUGCACUCAAAAGUGCCCAAGUGUCCAAUUACUGGUGCGGAUAAAUUGUUUAAUGUGUGUUGUGCCGUUCGGUGUGGGAUGUUGGUAGAAUCAAGCUGGCCCAGUCAAAGGUCAGGAGGUGGUGCAGUUUGAGUGGAGCGAUAUUGGAUCGUGUUCGUUUACUGGAGUAGUGAAGAUCAACACUCCCCUUUCAAGUGAUCGUGAUCGAUGGUAGAACCGCCAUCCGCCGCGCAUGUGAAUAGGGCGAGAUUCAUUCGCAGCACCCGUGGCAGCUAGUCGGACGGGGCCUGGAGUCGGUCCAUUUAAGUGGGUUGACCAUGCUCGUUUCACCAUCGUCUGUUUGUGUAUCUGGUUUCUGUGAGUGUGUGUAUGUGUGAGUGUGUUGGUGCAAUAGUUGAUUUGAGGCCUACGGCUACCAUGUCCACACGGGUCUUGCAGAGGAGGUGGAAAAGUGAUGCUGUGCCAAGGCAGUGACGCGUCAGGCGAGAAAAAUCACGAAAAGAAAAGCCUUAAAAGUGUCUUCCAGCCUAUGAAGUGUGUGUGGUGUUAUAUUUUACUUUUUGGUAUUUUGCAGACACCAGCACCAACACUGUUGCACCACGUUUGCCAUCACUUUAAUGCAGCGAAACCGUAACCAUUGCCUAUACCCACCAACCGGAGGCUGAAGUGAAGUGUGAAUAAGACAAAAGCGUUCGUUUGUCUUUCCGACCCUCUAAGGUGGUGUCGCUUGUGGAGGCAGGUAGUGAAGGAAGCGAACGGAGUGCAGUGUAAAGGUUCUGCUGGGCGGUGUACAGUGAAAACGGAAAGAAGAAACCAUUCACCAGUUUGUUUCACCAGAGGUCUUAGCCGCAGCGAGGUCACAGCAGUGUCUUCUCAAGCAAAACACGCUACCGCCGGUAGUUGGACUGAGAAAAUUUUACCCACCAACGGAACGACUGAAUAUCACAUCCAAUUGACCUACAUUUGGCUCUCGCCUCACGUUGCAGGAAGUGGCAACGCCAGCCUUACCAUUGGUGUGAACUCUCCCGGCAAGCUUCAGGUGACCAGAUGAGCUAACACCACGCUAAGCUAGCCGAUCGGAAGCGCUGAUAAAGGCAACUGCAUUUGAGCAGCAGCAGCAGCAGCGGUGCAUCGAGGCAGUGUCAUCCCUGCCCCAGACCGCUAACGCAUCAUAAGAAGACCUUCAAUUGGAAUUUUAGUCUGCAUUGUCCGGCACACCGGGUCGCACCGGGGAACGAUGUUACCCCGAUGGAAAGUGUUCGUGUUGUUCGUUACGAUUGGCCUGCUGGUCGUACCAUGUCACUGCAACUUGCCACCGGUUUUCACGCAGGAUAUGAACAAUCUCGCCCUUUCCGAGCGGACGCCGGUCGGGGCGGUGGUGUACAAGCUCGAAGGCUACGACCCGGAGGGCGGUAACGUUUCGUUCGGUUUGAUCGGCUCAGAUAACUUCAUCGCCGAUCCAAUCUCGGGCGACGUGCAGGUGAUCAAGGAGCUCGAUCGCGAGGCUCAGGAUACGCUGUCCUUCUCCGUUUCGAUUCGGGACCGUGUCAGCGCAACCGGCAUCGAGUCCGAGAAUGACAACAUAGUUAACGUUCCGAUCACCAUCAUCGUGCUGGACGAGAAUGAUAACCCGCCGGAGUUUCAGAAUGUACCGUACGAGACGGAGGUGCUGGAGAACGCCCUACCAGGAACGACCAUUUUCGACGGCAUCCUGGUGACGGACCGGGACACCGUUGGCGAGAACCUGGACGUGUCGUGCAUUCCGCAGCCCCAGAACCCGGACGCGUGCGAAAAGUUUGCGAUCGAGGUGACGGACAGCCAGCAGGACCGGCUGACGGCGGCGGUCGUGCUGAAGCAACCGCUCGACUACAACGAGCGCAUGAUCUACCAGGUACUGCUGGACGCCAGCGACGGGCUGUACAAUGCCUCGGCCGGGCUGGAGAUACACGUCCGGGACGUGCAGAACGCGCCGCCCGUGUUUCAGGGCUCGCUGGCGGCCGUCAUCAACGAGGACAGCCCGAUCGGCACGCUCGUGAUGGUGAUACAGGCGCGGGACGGUGAUCGGGGCCAGCCGCGCAAGAUUGUGUACGAGCUCGUGACGAACCCGAUGGACUACUUCCUGCUGGACAAACACACGGGCGAGCUGCGGACAGCGAAGCCCCUCGACAAGGAAGCGCUGCCUGACGAUACAGGGCUGAUCAUACUGACGGUGAAGGCGCGCGAAGUGGUCGACGGUGUGCCGGGCAACGACAAUCUGACCGUCGCCAGCACGCAAGCAUCCAUCACGAUUCGCGACGUAAACGACUCCCCGCCGAUGUUCAACAAAACCGAGUACUUUGUGUCGCUGUCGGAAAACACGGCCCCGGGCACGCCACUCCCGCUCGAGAUUAGUGUGCGCGAUCCGGACGUGGGGGAGAAUGCAGAGUUUGCGCUGCGCCUGAACGACGUCUCGAACGUGUUCGACGUGGAGCCGAAGCUGGUGACCGGCUCGUCGCAGAUCAGCAUCCGCGUCGCCAACGGUACGCUCGACUACGAAAAUCCAAACCAGCGCAAGUUUAUCGUGCUGCUGAUAGCGGAGGAAACGAAAACCAACCCCAAGCUAUCGUCGACGGCCACGCUGACCGUGGCAAUCACGGAUGCGAACGACAACAGGCCCACGUUCGAGCAGGACUCGUACUCGACCACCGUAUCGGAGACGGCCCAUCCGGGGCAGCUGAUAACGACGAUCACGGCGAAAGAUCUCGACUCGGGCCUGUACGGGGACCAGGGCAUACGGUACUCGCUGUCCGGUACGGGCUCGGAGCUGUUCAGCGUGGACGCGAUAACGGGUGCCAUCUCGGUUGCCGAUUGUCCCGGCAGCGGUGUCGAACGUACCGCCGGCGAGAUGCAACCGGUAGCCGGCCAGCUCGUUCGGCGACGGCGGCGCCAAAUACCGACCCGGUCCGAUCUGCAGCACGAGCUGCACCAGAACGCAUCGGCCCGGGGCAUCGAGUACAUGACGUAUCGCAUUGUCAACAGUGGCGAAUCGAACGAGUACCACGACGUGAACGUAAUAGCACCGCCGACAAUAUCAACACUCUACGAUAGCUUCGAAACGACCACACUGGAGCAGCAGCCGCAGCAGCAGCUGGUGGAGGAGCUGGCCCUACCGACUACGGUUCGCAUCGAGCCGCUGCUCACGAACGAUAUACAGCACCCGCGGCAAUCGGACGGCCCCGGCAAGGCACCCUGCCUCGACUUCGAAACACAGUCGGUGUACUACCUUUCGUACCGGGCGACCGACGACGAGGGACGGGGACAAACGUCGGUCGUAUCGGUGCGGAUCAGCCUGCUCGAUGCGAACGAUUCGCCGCCGGUCUGUGAAAGCCCCCUGUACCGGGCGUCGGUCGACGAGGGUGCGACAACGUUCGAGCCACCGCUCAUCAUUAGGGCCCGGGAUCCGGACAUCGUUUCCGAAAUCAACUACCGCAUCAUCGGCAACGAGGCCGUCACACGGCAUUUCGAAAUCGAUAAACGCACCGGUCAGCUGACGAUAUCGAAAACGGUUGCGCUCGAUGUGAACCACCUAAGGUCGGAAAAUGUGUUCUUUGGCGUCGAGGCUACCGACGGGCUGUACACGACGCUCUGCAAUGUGAACAUCACCAUCCGAGACGUUAAUAACCACGCACCGCAGUUUGCUCGGGAAAACUAUCUCACCUCGAUCGAGGAAAACUUUCCAAUCGGCACCGUAGUGGAGCGACUGCAAGCGAUCGAUUUGGAUACAGGAAUCAAUGCGGAGAUCAGGUAUCGCAUUCAGCAGGGUAGCUUUGAUGAUUUCGCGAUCGACAAUAGGACCGGUGUCGUUAGCAUUGCCCGCAAGCUGGACUACGAUCGACGCAACACGUACCAGAUGGAGAUUGUGGCGUCCGACUCCGGCACACCCAGCCUGUCCGGCACGACCAUGCUGACGGUGAGCAUUAUUAACAGCAACGAUAAGGCGCCCUACUUUACGCCGACCACGCAACGGGCGGAGGUGAGCGAAGAUGCCCCGAUCGGGACGCUGGUGCAUACGCUGGUCGCCGUCGAUCCGGACGUGGCAUCGAGCGAGUCGCUGGAUUAUGCGGCCACCGAGCCGAUCACCGCGGUGGACAAGAACGGCAAGGAGGUGGGCGAGAUGGAAGACUUCAAGGAUAUGUUUAUGAUCGAUCGUUCCGGCAAGGUGUUUGUGAAUCGACGCUUGUUGCGGGACAGCUUUGCGGUCAUACGUAUCACGGUACUCGUGACCGAUACAACGGCACCAUCCAUCCAGCAGGGCGAAGGACUUCUCAUCAUCACGAUUACGGACGUUAAUGAAGAGCCACCGCUAUUCGCACCACCGUGGACACCGGAGAACCCGCACUAUCACUACCAGGUGGUCGAGGAGCAACCGAUCGGUACCAUCCUGACGACGGUGCAAGCAACAGAUGCCGACUCGACGAUUGCCGAAUACCGGAUGACGGAAAGCAGCUUUUUCGAGAUCCACAACACCACAGGGCUGGUGCGGAGCAUCGCACGUAUCGACUACGAGGCGACGCCGGUGAUAAAGUUCAAUGUGUCCGUCAUCGAUACCGGCGUGCCGCAGCUAACCUCCACCGCCCAGAUCACGGUCGAGGUGGUCAACACGAACGACAACGAUCCGGAGUUUGAGCAGCCCGAGUACACGCUGCAGGUGCGGGAAAACAGCCCCGUCGGCACGCUGGUCGGCAUUGUGCGGGCCCGCGACGCCGAUGCCGGCCUGUACGGCCAGCUGACGUACACGAUCGUGGGCGAUCACAGUGGCAAUUUUGUGAUCGAUCCGGACACCGGCGCCAUCACCGUGCACAACGCGUCGGCGCUCGAUCGGGAGAUGGAGCAGGAGGCGAGCCUGACCGCGAUUGCGACGGACCGUGCGCCGGAGGGCAUGCGGCGGUCGACCACGGUCCCGGUGCAGAUCCGCGUGCUGGACGAGAACGAUAAUGGGCCCACCUUUACGCAGCAGAUCUAUCACGCGACGGUGGCGGAGAAUGCAGCGCUCCAUCCGCCGGCUGCCAUUUUGCAGGUAAUGGCCACCGAUCCGGACGAGGGAGCAGCAGGAGACGUCAAGUACGUCAUCCUUUCGGACAAUGUGGGCGGCAUUUUCCGGCUGGACGCGAACUCGGGCAUCCUCUACCCGGGGGCCAGCCUAAUAGGGAAAAGUGGUCAGUACCGCAUCGAUAUUGAGGCGCGCGAUGGAUUAGGCUCGGGACCGCACAACGACGCAGCCACAAUAGUGAUCGAAAUCCAGAGUAUCAAUCAGCAUCGGCCCGUGUUCAUCAUGCCGGCACUCUACAAUGCCACGGUGGAAAUACCGGAGAAUCUUGCUUCGCCCGAUUACUUGGUGAUGACUGUCAAGGCGACUGAUAACGAUUCGGGUUCGAAUGGAAAAGUUCUCUACUACCUUCAGGUCAACAGUGUAAACGUGCAGGAGACGGACGAGUUUAGCAUCAACGAGAUGUCGGGCGAGCUGCGCAUCCGCCGCCAGCUCGAUCGUAAGCGGCAGUCCCGGUACGAGCUGAUCCUGGUCGCCCGUGACCAAGGUACGCCGGCGUGGUUCGAAACGCUCCGCUUCCUCACGGUGCUGCUGGUCGAUGUGAACGAGAACUAUCCCGAGUUUCCGGACGCAUCGAAUCCGUACAAAUUUUUCAUCACCGAAAAUGGAGCGCGCGAUGUGCGGAUCGGCAAGAUCCAGGCGUUCCUGGACAGUCCCAACCCGUCCAUCUUCUACUACAUGCUGGUCGGCAACGAGGACGGUGCGUUCUACGUGGACAAAACGAGCGGUGACCUGUACACGAACCGGUCCGUCGAUCGGGAAGAGAACGACCUGUACGUGCUGUACGUGCUGGCGAGCAAGCAGUCCGACCUGUACGUUAGCGAGCACGAGCGGGCCCUCCUGUCGAUGGACCAGCUGGAGCGGAACGCAACCAUCGCGAAGGUGUGGGUGCACGUGCUGGACGUCAACGACAAUGCGCCCGUGUUCAAGCGGGAUGUGUAUUACGCAGGCAUCAGCUCGAAAGCUUCGAUCAACGAGCUUGUCACGAUCGUCAAUGCGACCGAUCGGGAUCUGGGCGUGAACGCGACGCUGGAUCUGUUCAUACGCGGCUCGUACCUGUACAAGUACGGCGCUACCAAGACGACGGGCAGCAUUGUGCCGAGCCCGUUCGCCGUCUCGAAGGACGGGCGUGUCGUAACGGCCAAUUAUAUGGCGGAGUACAACCAGGACCGGUUUGUGCUGGAGAUUGUCGCGAAGGAGAUCGAAUCGCCGGAGCGUGAGGCGGUCACCCGCGUGCAUGUGUGGAUUUUCAACCCGGAGCAGCUGGUGCGCAUGAUACUGUCCCGGCCUCCGUCCGAGGUGCAUCAGGAUCGGGACGAGAUCGUGUCGGAGCUGGGCAAUGCGACGCAGCGGCUCAUUAUCGUGGACGAGAUCCGGUACCACGUGGACAGUCUCGGGCGCAUACGCAUGGAUUGGUGCGAUAUGUACUUCCACGCGGUGGACAUGACCACGCAGAUGAUCGUACCGGUGGAGGAGAUCUUGCGGGAGAUCGAUGCCAAAUAUGAUUUCCUACAGGAUUACAAUGCUGGCUUCUCGAUAAUGAAUGUGGUGCCAGCGUACGCUACCACGGUGCAGGAUGAGUUUGAUCUGGCAUUGGCGGCGCUGAUUGCACUGCUGAUCGUGCUGUUCGUUGGUGCGGUUAGUUUUAUUGUACUCUGCUGCUGCUUGAAGCACUGGUCGAUCACGAUACCGAGCGAAACGAGGAGAAAGGAUGCGCUGAUCAAAAAGCAAAUCAUAGAAGACUUAAACACCACCGAAAAUCCACUGUGGAUUGAGCAGAAGCUAAAGCUCUACGAGGAGCAGGAGCUAACGAUGCAGGUAUUCUCCGAGCCGGAGAUGUCGCAGCAGCAGUCCAUGAACCACUCGAACAGCACCAACAGCUCGCAGGAUCCUCCCUCGCAGCUUUCGCUUACGCUUGGGCUCGACCAUCACCAUCAGCUGCACCACCAUCAGCAGUCGGCGGCGCACCAGCAGCGAAGGGACUCGUACGAUCUGUCGCAGGCCGGUGACAACACGUACGCUACCAUCCAGCCCCGCAACUACGGCACCAGCAACCUCAGCACGGUGCUGGGCAGCUCGCUGGCACCGCCCGGUGCCUUAAGCUCGUCCGGUGUGACCAGCCCCAGUGCGACGAGUUCGAGCGAGGUGGCCGAUUACGCGACGUUGCGCAACAGUCGUGCUCCUUCGCAGCUGUUCGAGUUCCGUGGCUCCACGUUUCAGGUGCAACAACCGGGCGGCACAGAUCAACCGGAUUAUGUGACGGAGCUUAUGUAGGUUGGAUGGAAGGCCGCCACCAGCCGCCAGUUGGACGGAGAGCGGGUUCCCGUUCUAUUCGCACAGCACAGUUAGAGUAACUUAGAAGUAGGAUUCUUUUCCGUAGAGUUGUUUUUACUCGCAUACUUGGAAGCAUUCCGGGCGCAAACCCCCGUAGAGUUCGUAGAGUAAUUUGCACACGGAACUAAAGUACAGUGGCACCUACAGUGCUGCGAUAGUGAACUGGUUCGCUGCCAGGAUUGAUGCCAGGUUUAUGGAAGAGAGGGCACGAACAUAAACAACAAGACUUAAGCAAACGAAGGAAAUGGAUGCACACAGGCUCGUCGAUGAGCGAAUUACGAGAUUAAAUGAUAGAGACAAUAAAUAGAUUUUACUGCGAGCGUUGGGUGCGCCAUGUGUACCGGCGACAGGCGUAGCACUGGCAAGGAGGACGGAAUAGUUGCGGAGAAAUUGCGACGGAAAUAACCCCGUUUCAAUCAUUUCGUGCACGCAUUGUGUGUACUUCCAUCAAUUAAUUUAUUUUCAAUCAUUAUCACACCAUUACCUUAACCUCUCCCAUCGCAACGGAAUUAAUCAUCCUUCACGUUGGUGCAUUUAUAAGCAUUCCCGUGGGUGGAAAGGUGGCCCAAUGCCGGGGCUGCAGUUAUCCGGUGUUAUUUGCCACUGCUGGAGGUUUUUUUUGCCGUAUGUGUGUACUUUCGUAUUGUGCAACAUCAUUGUUAAGCACGGUGCAUGAGCAGGAGGAGCAAUGGGGGUAACAACAACAUGUCACCCGUUAGCCGCUCGAUUGGUGGUCAAUUCAUUAGCG